AAUGUAUAGUUUAACAAGCAGUUAUAAAUGAACACCUAUGUAAUCGCCAUCCAAAUUGAAAAACUGAGUGUUGCCAGCGCCCCUGGUCCUUUGCCCCAUACGCUUUGUGCCAACCACCCUGACCCUGGUAGCCACUCUCGUGGUUUGCUCUCACGGCCUGGCUUUAUGUGAAUUUACUGCGUGUGCACGUUCACACGCACACAUACACACGCAUCCUGAUUAGCUUAGUUCAGGUUUGCCUGCUUUGACCUUGACAUGAGUGUAAUCAUACAGCUGGAGCUCUUCUGCGUCUGGCAUCUUCCACUUGGCCCUGGGUUUGUGAGCUCCAUCCUUUUUCUGUGUGGCUGCAGUUUGUUUGUUGUCAUUGCUGUAUAGUGUUCCAUGUGUGUCUGUGUCUUAAUUACCUGUUCUCCUGUUAGUGGGCGUUUGGGUUCUUCCUCCUCAGCGCUUCAUUGACAUACCACCAGCGGUGUAAUUUUUAUAGCUUGCAUAGCCUCGGUUUUGCCAUCAAUAUAAUGGAGAUAACAACACUUGUAGUUGUGAGGUUGUGUGGGUUGUUAUUGGUGAUAACCGCUGCUUAGUGAGUGCUCCCCACGUGGCAGCUGCUGUGCUGUAAGCUUUGUGUGUAUUAACUCACUUAGAUGUGAGUUAAUUGUGAGCUCAGUCGCCCUUGAGAGCUAGGUAGAAUGCCUAUGAUCUGGAAGCCAACCUGGCUGUCCUGAAACUGUACCAGUUCAACCCAGCCUUCUUCCAGACCACAGUCACCGCCCAGAUCCUGCUAAAGGCCCUCACCAACCUGCCCCACACCGACUUCACGCUGUGCAAGUGCAUGAUCGACCAGGCCCAUCAAGAAGAACGGCCCAUCCGGCAGAUUUUGUACCUUGGAGACUUGCUGGAGACAUGCCACUUCCAGGCCUUCUGGCAAGCCCUGGAUGAAAACAUGGACCUCUUGGAAGGUAUAACUGGCUUUGAAGACUCUGUCCGAAAAUUUAUCUGCCAUGUUGUGGGCAUUACUUAUCAGCACAUUGAUCGCUGGCUGCUGGCCGAGAUGCUCGGGGAUCUGACAGACAGCCAGCUAAAGGUGUGGAUGAGCAAAUACGGCUGGAGCACCGAUGAGUCGGGCCAGAUCUUCAUCUGUAGCCAGGAAGAGAGCAUUAAGCCCAAGAACAUCGUGGAGAAGAUCGACUUUGACAGUGUGUCCAGCAUCAUGGCCUCCUCCCAGUAACUUUGCAGGCGUUUAAUAAAGACUUGUUGACUUCUUA